CCGCCCGCCCGCCGCCAUGGCCGGCCCCGCCGAGGAGGACGAGCUGCCGGUGCCCGAAUCAGGUGCUAUUUUCACAUUUGGAAAAAGCAAAUUUGCAGAAGAUAUUCCUAGCAAGUUCUGGUUCAAAAAUGACAAGCCUGUACUUAUAUCCUGUGGAGAUGAACAUACUGCUGUUGUUACAGGGAAUGGUAAACUAUACAUGUUCGGCAGUAACAACUGGGGCCAAUUAGGACUAGGAUCAAAGAACACUGUCAACAAACCAACAUGUGUUAAAGCUUUAAAACCAGAAAAAACAAAACUUGCUGUUUGUGGAAGAAACCACACUUUAGUUUACACAGAAAAAGGAAAUGUGUAUGCUGCUGGAGGUAACAGUGAAGGUCAGUUGGGAUUAGGUGACACAGAGGAAAGGACCACAUUUCAUUUAAUCAGUUUUUUUACCAACCAGCACAAGAUCAAGCAGCUAGCAGCUGGAUCAUACACCUCAGCAGCAGUAACUGAGGAUGGGCAGCUUUUUGUAUGGGGUGACAAUUCAGAAGGUCAGAUUGGCUUGGCUGAUGAAGCCUGUGUCAGUGUCCCUUGCCAAGUGGAUGUUGGUAAACCUGUUUCCUCUGUAUCCUGUGGAUAUUAUCACUCUGCCUUGAUAACAGGAGAUGGUGAGCUCUAUACUUUUGGAGAACCUGAGAAUGGGAAACUGGGAUUAUUGCCUGAGCAGCUGAAGAACAAUAGAGUCCCACAGCACGUACUGGGAAUUAUGGAAAAGGUUAAUAAGGUCGCUUGUGGUGCAGAACACACAGUGGUGCUGACAGAACGAGAUGUAUAUACUUUUGGACUUGGACAAUAUGGGCAGCUGGGACAUGGUACUUUUAUUUUUGAAACUUCAGUACCGAAGUCUGUGAAACACUUGAGGAAGCAUAAAAUCCGUGAUGUUACAUGUGGAGAAAAUCAUACUGCUGUAGUUACAGAGAAUGGCCUCAUGUUUACUUUUGGAGAUGGGCGACAUGGCAAGUUAGGUCAUGGAGAAGAGAAUUUUACAAAUCAGUUUGAUCCCACUCUGUGUUAUAAUUUCUUGAGGUUCACAGUCCUUUUGGUUGCUUGUGGUGGUUGUCACAUGCUAGUUUUUGCUGCCCCAAGACCUAAAGGAGCUGAAGAAAUACUCUUAGAAGAUUUAUAUGAGGGCCGUUUGACUGGUAGUAUCUCUAAAAUGAGUGAAGACUCACUACUAACAAACACCUUGCAACUAACAUCAGCACGACUGCGACGUCGAGAGAGGGAAAAGUCACCAGAGCAGUUUAUUCGAAUGGCACAAACUCUGCCUCCACUGGGAGAAAGGUUCUUAAAAUCUUCAUUGCCUGUGACUAGCAACACUAGCCCAGUCUGUAUUUCUACAGUAGGUCUUCCAAAAACUGAGCCUAUGGAGGAUAAAGACCUUGAAAAAGACAAGAAUCAUCAAAAAGAUAAACCUGAUCAAAGUUCUGCAGAAGAAGAUUCAGAUAAUGAAAAUAAUGCCAGAAACCUUGGGAAUACAACUGACAUCCUAAACAUGACACAUGCAAUGAAAUUGAAUCCCAGUGACCAGACCUUAAAAUUGUCACCACUCCAAAAACAAAAGAAGAACAAUAAAAAUGUGAAACUGAAAAGAGAUGGUAAGGGUGGGCUGAAAGAAAAGGAUUCUGAUUUCAUGAAGGAGGGCACAAAAUUAGACUCUGGCUCUUUACAAAAGCAGUCUUCACUUUCAGAAUCACUGGGACAAGAAUUAGUAAAAAGUAGUGCCUUUGUAGAGAAGCCUGUUGCCAAAAAACCAAAAAGUAAAUCAGAGCACGCACAGAGUAUUAGUACUUUGAAAAGUGAUGUUCAGCAAAUCACUAGGGAAAAAGAAUAUGUGGAAAAUCCUGAAUUUCUCAGAGGGGAAGUAACUUCUAAUCUUCCCACUGAAAAAGAAUUUCUGACUGAAAAAGUAGAUUCUUCCAAUAAAAAGGCAAAAGCUAUUAAAAUUAAGCAAUCCCUUAAAAUAGAAGUGCUUCCUUCUGCAUCCAGGGAUCAGCCUCAGACAGAAUCACUAAUUGUACAGAAAUACAAUCCUGUUGAAAAGCAAGGGAGUCAAGAAGCAGUAGAAAGUCAAAACAAAAUAAAGGAUAUUGUUGAAAAAUCUGAUAAAUGUGAAAAAACAAGUGUCACAGGAGAAGAAGGUAGUGAAGAGCAGAGGAGUUUUAAAAAAAAGGAUCCAUUUUUAAAAAAAACAACUCUAACUAUGUCCUCAUUUUCAUCUGAGGAAAGUAUUAAUGAGCUUGCAAAAUACAUGCCUAAGAGGAGACAAAAAGAGGACUACUAUGAAAACAGAGAGAUCCAGAAGGCAAUGGAAGCAGGAAAUGUGAUAGUUAUGGAUCUAGACAAAGAAGACAGUGAGAUUAAGGAGAUGCAAGCUACAAACAAUGAAAGAAGAUAUGCAGAAGAGACCAAUGUAAAAAGUCUGAAUGAGGAAGAAACAAACUCUGAAGCUAGAUCUGAUGAAGACAGGCAAUUAGAAAUUAAGAAUGAGGAGAAAUUCAGUCAAGAGCAGGAGAGUGAAGGCAGUGAAAAGGUUGGAAGUGAAAAAGAAAAACUAGAUGAAGCAGUUGACAGUGAAGAUGCAGUAGGGGAGGAAGAAGAAGAGAGUGAGGUUAAAAAAGAUAGAGGUGAAGUUUCAAUAAAAAGAGAUGAAGAGGAAAAUGAGGAAGAGGAAGAAAAUGAAAGAGAAGAAUCACAGGCUGAAAGUGAUAGUGAGAAUGAGGGUGCAGAAAAUACUGAAGAGAUUAAUCAGAAAGAUAGCAAAGAGCAAGGAGCUGAGGAAGGCAGGUUAAUGGAGGAAGAAGAAAUGCAGAGUGAGGGAGAAGAGGAGGAGCAGGAGGAGCAGGAAUGUGCAAAAGAGGAAGACACUGAAAAAGAAAAGGAGAAACAGGUUGAAAGUGAGGGAAAAGAUGAGAGUGAGGAAGGAUGUGAAGCUAGAGACAGGGAAGAAGAGAAAGAGGUAGAGGCAGAAGAGGAAGGAGAAGAUGAAAAUGAAGAAAACAAAGAAAGGGAGAGUGAAAAAGACAAAGAGGGUGAAGAGGAGGGAUUAGAACAAUCAUUGGCAGGGGGGGAAGAAGAAGAGGUGUCUGAAGAACAGGAAGAAGAAGAUGCAAAUAGAACUGAGGAGGUGGGGGAAGGUGGAGUAGAAGAAAAAGAAAAAGAGGGGGAGGAGGGGGAGGAUGAAGUGGAAGAGGAAAGAGAAGAGGAGGAGGAAGAGGAAGGAGCAGAGGCAGAAGCAGAAAGGGAGGAGGAAGAAGAAGAUGAAAAACAGCAAGAAGAGUGGGAAAAUGAAGAAGAGGAAGGAGAAGAAAGAGAAGAUGAAGAGGGAGAAGGGUUGGAAGAGGAGGGAGAAGGGGAGGAACAAGAAGAUGGAGAAGAGGGAGAGGGAGAAGAGGGAGUAGAAGAAGAAGAGGGAGAAGAGGGUGAGGAAGAAGGAGAGGGAGAAGAAGUAGAAGAAGGAGAGGGAGAAGAAGUAGAAGAAGGAGAGGGAAAGGAGGAAGAAGAAGUAGAAGAAGGAGAGGGAAAGGAGGAAGAAGAAGUAGAAGAAGGAGAGGGAAAGGAGGAAGAAGAAGAGGAGGAAGAAGAAGAAGAAGGGGAAGAGGGAGAAGAAAAAGUUGAGGAGGAAGAGGGAGAGGAGCAAGAAGGAGAAGAGGAGGAAGGGGAUGUGGGAGAGGAGGAAAAAGAGGAUGAGGGAGAGGAGGAAGAAGGAGAGGAAGAGGAAAAAGCAAAAGGUAAAAGAAAAAAUGAUAUUAAUAAGCUUCCACAAAAGAAAAGCAAAAGCAGGAAGCCAGAAAAGACAGAAGGUACUGCUUUACCAAACAGCUCUAAGCAAAAAAUGAAGUCCAAACAGCAUGUAGCAAAUGGUUUACAUAAUACAGAACAAUUUUGGAACAAUGUGCUACCUCAUUAUUUAACACUAAAGUAGCAUGGACUACUGGAGAUUAAUUUUAACUUUGGAACUACAGCAGAAUGAUUUUUAUUACUGAAGAAAUUGUUUUUAAUAUAGUCAAAGUGGGUUAUUAUGCAUACACUCUAAGUGCCAAUGUCUUGAAAAAGAAACAAAAAAACAGGAAGUGUUUAAAUUUGGGAAGUUUAUAUGAAAGCAAUCAUAGAAAUUGUUGAUGCAGUCAUUUACACAAUCAUCUUCAUCACAUAUGACACACAUUUAAAAUAAUGAUUGCUGAAGAGGCAAAAAUGUGUUUGCCUUUUAAUUAAAUUAUAAUGUCAUGCUGACAACAUGAAUUAUACAUUGUAACAGUGUAAACUUCUUUGCCUUUGAGUUAGAUUUCUUAAGGUAAUGCAUCAAUUUUAGUUGCAGGUUAGCUUACUUAUAAAUGUGCCUUAUAUGAAAGGAGUGUCAGUAUAUCAUCAAAGGUACACAUUUUUAAUUUUUGUUAUCACUCCAUAUUCAUUCCCCCCUACUUUUCUUCUUUUCAUAUAUUGGUAAAAUGUUGGUGUACUCAGUGUAAAUUAUGAAAAGACAAGUUGCCAAAUUUACACUUGUUGGUAGAUGGGAGGUAAAUGAAAAUACAGGCCUGGGUACAGAUUGGCUUGGGCUUUUUUGAAGGCCUUAGGGCUGACUUCUUAUUUUGGUGUCAGCACACAAUUAUGUGCAAGUCUCAGAAUCUGGCAUGGUUUACAUUACAGUUAAAAUGCAUCUGUUUAGGCAUAAUUUUUUACUACCACAUUUGGUGACUACACAUAAUAAAGAAUUUUAAAAUAUACAUACCUGUAAAACAUGAUUUACUUGUGUAUUCUGUAUACUUGUAAACAAAAGGUUCACUAUCUGCCUAUGAAAGACUAAAUUACAUUAGUCAUCUAAGGUUCACAAGGGUGGGAAUAUACUUCAUUGCACUGUGAAGUUCACCUCUGUUUUCAGGAUCAGAGCCUAAGCUUUUCCUUAUUAGAGGAUAUUAGUGUUUUUUCCUCCUAAAAAUUACAUCUGUGAUCUCCAAAAAGAGAGUGAUGUAAUAAACCAAGAAGCCAGAUGAAAUAGUAGAGAAAAUGGCAUGAAAGUCUGAAUUCUUUUUGGAAAAGACAAAGUAUGUUAAUACUCUGGAGUUUCCUUAAAUACACAAACAAAUCUUGCAAAUUAUUUUUGUGACUUUGUGAGAUAUUGUAUUACUGUUUCAACUAUUAGUGGUUGAACUGGCAAAAUGAGGGAGAGGGACUCAUCAUCCAGCAUUAUUACCUAAAUACCAAGGGUGGUCUGAUAAAUUUUUGUAAACAUAUCUCAGUAUUGACAUUCUCUAGAAAAAUAGUUACUUAAAUCCUAUUUGAAAAUGAGGGCAGAAGAAAGUGAUCAAGGAAAUUAAUAAAUGUAAUUCAACAAAAAUGUUAAUGGAAUUAAUACUUACGUUGAGAUCAUGAAACAUUUUUAAUGUUGUUUUGUAAGAUACUGGAAUUAAACUAUCUUUGACACAAUGUCUCCACGAUUUGUUUUCUAAAAAGGCUAUGGUAGAUUAGUAGUUUGCCAGUAGACUGUAGUCCAGUUUGAGCCUUCAUACCUCAGUCACCCCUUCCACAUCCUGUGUUUGAAGGUAAGGUCUCUUGGAGCCACAUGCCCUAACUGUAACAAAAACUUAGUCCAAUGACUGUAUUUUGUCUCUGUGAAAUUUCUUUCAAGCUUUGGGAUUUUCUGGAAUACAUUGCCUUUAUAUCAGCAUGUGUAAGUCUUUGGAAAAGGGCAAGUAUCCUCCUGUUCUGACAGAGUGGAAUAUUUUAAGUUAACUGCACUUCCCAAGAAAACCUCUCGCUCCAUCAAUGAAGUCCUCGGUUAUUUAACAGAAACGCUGCACUAUCACUGAACUGCUGUGAAAAUAGUAACUUUUGAAAUUAAGUGGAGCUAAGCUCUGUUAUUUUAGCUAUCUUAGAAAAGAUGAGGAUGUCGCUGUAUAUAAACUGUAAUAUUGAAAAGUAUUUUUAUAGGCCUAAAACAAUGUUUCUUGGUUAUGACAUCUGCUCAUUUGUGAUUCUGAAAUUCAGCUUCAGAGGAAAACUGUGCUGUGAAAAAAACAAACAGUCGUUUCUUCUGAAACAUAUUUGCUACAGAGAGGGGCAAAA